GUCCUCUCCUGGCCCCCGUUCGACUUUUUUAACUUGUUCCAACCACCUCUCCCACAAACUACUCACCCAUAGUCACUCUUUUGAUCGGGUCUUACCUUUCACACAAUCAUGGCAAACGGUCGCUCUUCUCAGGAUGAACGCAAGCUCGAGGGUGGUGCUGCUCCCGCGCCCGCUCCGAGCACCGGCCUGCACCCGGCUUUCUACAUUGCUCUGUGGAUUGCCCUGAGUUCUAGCGUCAUUCUGUUCAACAAGUGGGUUCUUUCUACUGCCAAGUUCAACUUCCCGCUCUUCCUGACGACAUGGCACAUGAUCUUUGCGACUGCCAUGACCCAGGGUCUGGCCAAGUUCACCACCAUCCUGGACUCUCGCCACAAGGUUCCCAUGAACCCCAGCACCUAUGCUCGCGCUAUCGUCCCCAUCGGUAUCAUGUUCAGCUUGUCUCUCAUCUGCGGUAACCUGGCCUAUCUCUACCUCAGUGUUUCUUUCAUCCAGAUGUUGAAGGCCACCAACGCCGUCGUGACUCUUUUCGCUACCUGGGCCUUUGGAAUUGCUCCCGCCAACUUCAAGACCCUGGGCAACGUUGCUAUCAUCGUCCUCGGUGUUGUCAUUGCUUCCUUCGGUGAGAUCAAGUUCAACAUGCUUGGUUUCCUGAUCCAGUGUGGUGGUAUCGUGUUCGAGGCUCUGCGCCUCGUCAUGGUCCAGCGCCUGCUCAGCUCCGCUGAGUUCAAGAUGGACCCUCUCGUCUCCCUGUACUACUACGCUCCCGCCUGCGCCGUCACCAACGGCAUCGUUACUCUCUUCACCGAUGUUCCCCGUAUGACUAUGAACGACAUUUACUCUCUUGGUAUCAUGACUCUGAUUGCCAACGCGCUGGUUGCUUUCCUUCUUAACGCCUCCGUUGUUCUUUUGAUUGGCAAGACUUCGGCCGUCGUCCUGACCAUGGCUGGUAUCCUCAAGGAUAUCCUUCUGGUCUGCGCCUCGAUGAUGAUCUUCCGUGACCCCGUCACUCCCCAGCAGUUCUUCGGUUACUCUAUUGCCCUGGCUGGCCUUGUUUACUACAAGCUGGGUGCCGAGAAGCUCCAGGCCCUGAGCACCGAUGUGCGCCUGCAGGUCGGCGAGUACCGCCGGGCCAACCCGGCCAAGGCCAAGGGCAUUGCUGUCGGUGUCGUUGCCACCAUUGUCCUGCUGGUCCUGUACACUGGAGCUCCGUCUUCCGCUCGUCUGACCAACUAAUGGCUACCCGAUUGAAUUCUCCUGCGAUUCGCAAGAAGGUGAACUUGCCGAAUACGCACCACAAUAGCUUCUCUAUUGUUUUUCUUGCUCGAGUCGCCGUGGGUCUCACCGAAGCUGGCUCUACUUAUUCUAACUGUCUUUGAUAGAAGGGAAUGCUUCGUUUUCUUUGCUGGAGGCAUGCAUGUACAUUUGGAGGGGUAUAGAUGACUGUCCGUGGGUUUCAAGGCGAACACAAAUUUCUGUUCAGGCUAUGUCUUUGUUCUAAUGAUUGUGUUUCAUUUGCCUGA